ACAGUGGCGCAGUUUCCAGUAAUACUUCUGUAGCAGUUUUCACACCCUGCGCCCUGCGGGAUUUCACUCUGAUCAUGUGAUUUCCUUUUUUGAAGUUAUGAAAGAAGUCGACAGAGACUCUCUUCCUCCCACAUGUGUGAGUCCACUGGUGAAGAAUGAGCUCCUCUAUCACCUACAUUAAAAAGCUGAUCAGGAAAGGAAGCCUUGCGGAUUCUUUUUCCAGACGAAAACCAGCUAACAAGAACUACUUAAAAAGCAAAGAGGGACAGAGACACACGGUAUUGCAAACUCAGAUAAAUCACCAGAGCCAUGACUCCAAAAGGGAAAGUAUCAUCGUGCCAAAGAAAGAAGGUGAAGCUUUCGGAUUUGAGAUCAGGACUUAUAAUGAGAAGAACAUUAACAGCAAUGAUGAGGACGUGUUCACGUGUGUUUGUUCAGUGAGGGAGAGCAGUCCAGCAGAGACAGCUGGUUUAAGGACAGGGGAUGUCAUUAUGAGUGUGAAUGGCAUAUGUGUAGAGGGCUUUGAACAUGAGCAGAUUGUUGACCUGAUUCAAACCUCCUGUCUUCUAAAGAUGGAGAUUCUGAGGGGGACUACAGUGAAACAAAAAGAGCUCCAAAAGAAAUUAAAUCACCUAGAGUGGCAGCUGAACGAAAAGUGGGCGGAGCUGCAGAUGCUUAUCGCACAGGAAGAGCGCCUCAUAAGAGGUAAUCUAAACAGAACACACUCUGACUCCUGCCCUUCCUCAGAGCAUCCCAUCCUUCCUAUCCCACUCUCUUAACCCUUUCGAAAUCAGGGCCCUGAGAGGGACCCUUAGGGGACAUUUUUUCCAAACUCUGCCUUCGGGAUUUUGGCAACUCAGUCCAGGACCGUGGCCGGUGCUGACUCUUGGGGAACAUCUCAGGUGACCAAAGAGUGUCCAAUCCUGGAUUACCCUUGCACCGUGAUAACCACCAAACCGAAUGGACUUCUAAGCACCUACAGCAGAAGCUACUUGAUUGUUCCUCACACCAGGAGGAGCAUGAGAGGCUUCAAAAGCCAGGCAUGUGAAUGUGUAAGAUAUAUGUCAGUGAUGGCAGUGCUGUUGUUUCCUUCACAGAAACAACUAGUUUGUAUUGUAAAUCAGUGCCUUUAUAUGUUCACAUGGAUGUUUUUAACUUAUCUAUUUAUAUGUAAGUACACAUGGUGUCUGUGUUUCCGUGUUACGUGUUUGUGUAUUUAUAUGUGUUAUGUGUUUGUCUAUUUAUAUGUUUAUUUAAGUCUAGACUAUUUAUUGUUUUUUAUACUCUACAUUCUCUACAUCUGUGACCUAAUAAAAAUGCUUAUCAUA